AUGUCAAUAAACGAUCAGUUCAUCAAUAAUAAUCGUGUCUCCGUGAGAUCUGUAGCGCCAAUGCGUCCAAUGCAACCUGAUCAAGGAUUUGUGCAAAAUCGUCCCCAUACUGCACCUCAUGGAUCAGAAAUGUUCUCACCGGUACCAGCACAAGACGUUCCUGAACUUAGUAUGCAAAGUAUAUUAAAUAUGUUAAAUCAAAUGCCUGAUUUACGUGGUAAACGGUUUAAUAUUUCUUACUCACCAUCACCUGUUCCCGGCUAUCCGAUACCACAUUUGCCACCGGAUCUCUCUCAAAAAUAUCCUGAACCAAUUGUCGUCGAUCGAUUGCCACCGGGUCUCGCGCAGCACAUGUUGCAGCAGCGAGACGCAUUGAAUCGUCAACCAAGACCAAUAUCAACUCAAAAUCAACCAGUUAGAGCAGAUUCAGUGACUUUACAACACCGUCCACCUUUAGCAACGCCCAUAAAUCGUCCCCAAUUUUUUCCACAACAGAACCAACCGCAACAACCACAGCAACAACAACAACCGCAACAAUAUCAGCAACAACAAUCGCAACAAUAUCAGCAACAACCACAGCAACAACAACAACCGCAACAAUAUCAGCAACAACCACAGCAACAACAACAACCGCAACAAUAUCAGCAACAACAACCGCAACAAUAUCAACAACAACCACAGCAACAACAACAACCGCAACAAUAUCAGCAACAACAACCGCAACAAUAUCAGCAACUACCGCAACAAUACCAGCAACAGCAACAACAACCGCAACAAUAUCAGCAACAACCGCAACAAUACCAGCAACGGCAACAACAACCGCAACAAUAUCAGCAACAACCGCAACAAUACCAGCAACCUCAACAACAACCCCAACAAUUCCAGCAGUUUCCUUCCACUCAACAAUUCCAGCAAACGGGAACACAAGCAACAACGGUUAAUGAACGGAAAACAUCGUCCGCUGCCAGUGAUUCAUCUUCGAGUGACUCUGAUCAUGAACGGUCAAGAACACCACGGCAACACCAACUACAACACCAGCCACGGACAAGUGUUUCUCAACAACAACAAAAUUACUCACAAGCUCAACAAGGAGUUCAACCGUUUCCAGCACAGUCGCAGGCAGUGCCAAUUCCAAUGGGAGCAAUACCCGUUGGCUUUUCACAAUAG